CUCCUCCCCUUCAGAUUUUUUUGGCCGCCGCCCCCUUCCGAUAUUUGGCACCGUCGAGCAGGUCUCUGGUGUCUUCUCCAUGGCGUUCGUCUCUCUCACGCGCCCUCUCCUUGCUAGCGUGGGCAGCCGCGCCCCUCUGCUCGGCCAUGGCCACCGCGCUGAGCCCCUCCGCGCGCCAUGCCGUCCGGAUCUCCCGCUCCCGCUCAUCUGCGCCACCGCUGCAUCGCUUCUCUGGAGCUCGCCAUGGACGUUGGCCACAGCUGCGUGCUCGCCCCGACCUUCAUCCCCAACACCGUUGACCCUGCCUGGACUCGCCAAGCCGCGACUUCGCCUUGGCCCCCUGCUGCAGCUCGCCUCAAUGGCCGCCGGAGUUUUCUUGUCGUUGCGUCCUCGGCCGCCCCCACCUCUGCUCCUCCCUCACUCGGCUCGCGGAUCUCCUGGCCGGUGCACAACUACCAGCCCAUCAAGCUCAUCCCCAUGGCACCCAGCUCGGAUCUCGCCCUGGUCGCCCGCCGUUCCCAGCGUCGCUGCCUCCCAGCUCGGACCACCUGUCUCUGCUCCAUCUCCCAUGGCGCGCCCCUCAAGCUCGCCCGGUAGUCGCGACCUCGCUGUGGAACUUCCGUGCCGGCGCGCGCCCAUCUCCCUGCGCUCAUCCAUUGCCGACGUCACACCGAUCCAUGCCCCUCUGCUUCGUUCGCUAGAGCUCGUCCGUGCCCCGGACUCCAUGGAAUUCUUGCCUCCUUGCUAGCCCCAGCCGAGUCCUUUUUCCCAUCGAGCUCGCCCUCAACUCUACAGCGCCAUCGAGCCCAUCGUCGCCGUGGCUGCAGCUUUGCUCUUGUUGUCGUGAAGACUCCACCAGCGCCCUGCAGCAGCGCGCCCCUCGCCGAGCUCGUGGUCAUGGUCAAUCCUGCCACUUUCUCUAUGUUCGAUCAAAUGUCGAACCAGGAAACCAUAUGUGGAACCCUCACGUCCGCCUCGCCAUGACGCAUGUCGUUGUCUUUGAUCUCAGUACCUCUUCCGAUACGCACCUGGCCGUGCUUUGCCUCCUCGUGGUCAGCACCAUUUGGGCCAUGAGGGCGGUAGAUCUCGACACUGCUUCACAUGUCUGUUUUAGAGGUUUCUGUCGUGGAUGGUUUUCGCCCUCUCGUCGUGUUCGUGAUCAUCGUCGAUCGUCGUUGUUUUGAGAGAAAUUACCGGAAGGUGUGGAGUAGGAAGCGAAGCUGCACAACACCCGUAUGAUGUUCGACGACAAGCCCGAGCCAGGAUUUAUCUGCAUUCUUACGAGUAUUGAGUCACGUUUGAUGCUGAUGAGCUGAUUUAUAAUUUUUGUAAGUUUAUCUGAUGAUUGGAUUAACUAGACUUACUAGUCUUAAU